UUUUUACAAGUACCUAUGAAAUUUGAAGAAAGGCACAAUUGUGAAAAUAAGGAACAUACAGUUCACAACAUUGUUCGGAAGUCAGCAUUUUCUAAAAUCAAAAUGGCAGCGUUUGAUACAACUUUCUAUCCAACUCCUGGAAAGUUAGAUUCAAGUAAACAUUUUAAUGCGCUAUCUCCACCUUCGUACAGACAAACAGCGUUGCAUCAAAAUGUAAAACAGCUUUCACAGUAUCCAAUCACCACUGGUACAUCUGUUAUAGGUAUAAAGUUUGAUAGCGGUGUUGUUCUAGCUGCUGAUAUGUUGGGCUCGUAUGGUUCAACAGCAAGAUUUCCAGGAGUAUCUCGCACCAUGAAAGUAAAUUCUAACACAGCAUUAGUUGCAUCAGGUGAUUAUGCAGAUUAUCAAAUGUUAAAGGAAUAUUUAGACUCUAUGAUGAUUGAAAACGAUAUAGAAGAUGACGGUCAUGAAUACACUCCACAAGCUUUGUUUUCUUAUUUACGUAUGCUAAUGUAUCACAAACGUUCAAAGUUUGAUCCACUAUGGAAUACACUUGUCAUUGGAGGACGUAAUCAAGGAAAAUCAUUUUUAGGUUAUGUUGAUAAAUUGGGAGUAGCAUAUGAAGAAAACUGUAUCGCAACUGGUUAUGGUGCAUAUAUUGCUAUUCCGUUAAUACGGAAAGCGCUGGAAGAUAAACCAAACUUGAGCCAAAUAGAAGCAGUCAAGUUGGUGGUUGAUUGUUUACGCGUAUUGUACUAUCGAGACGCACGAUCGAUUAACAAGUUCGAAAUUACGAUAGUAACAGACGGUGGUGUUGCCAUGGAGACCAACAUGGUGGCAGAGACGAAUUGGGAGAUCGCGCAUAUGGUCAAGGGUUACGAGUAACCUUGCUGAUUUGAGUAACAAAUAGCGAUUUGUAUUUUGUUAAUGAAAAUAUAGUUUAAUGCUGUCUUGUUUA